AUGACCCUGCGGCUUGCCCUGUCGCUGGUCCUGCAGAUUGCCCUGCUGCUAGCUCUGCUGCUGGCCUGCCGCGAUCGACUCUGUAAAUGGCGCUGCGCUUGGCCCUCUCCCAAUGGCCAUGCCGCGAACGGUGCCGCGAACGGUGCCGCCCAUGGUGUCGCAACCGGUGCUGUGAAAGGCGCUGCUCCUGCCAAAGCCUCUGCAAAUGGCUCCGCUGCAAGUCGAAAUGGCCAUCCGCAUCCGUCUCCACCUGGGUCGCCCAUGGCUGUGUGGUCCAAGUCCCAAGCAGCUGUUGCCGUGGACGUACCUCAGGUUUGCGUCGCUGACGCUAACCGCUUGCAUCGGCAUAGGCCCUAG